UUGGACUCAUUCAGUGGCUGCAGACUCUUCUCUCCGAGCUGCAGUUUGUUUAUUUGUUUGUUUGUUUGCUUGGUUGUUGGACUGUGCAGACAUGAUACCGAAGACUCGUCUGGGGAAACGCUCGCCUUUUGGGUCACUGGUGAGCGAGACAGGAAAGACCAGCAUCCCCAUGGCAAAAGAGGCGGGGCAGCUGGGCAUCAGCAGGGUGAAAGGUCAUGCAGAUCUGAAGUAUGGAGGAGGUGAGGCUUCAGGUGUGCUCAUUCAGCUUGACGCCUCCGAUCAGCCUCCGCCUUACAUUACGUCUUUGCUGCCAGCUUCUCGGGCCUUUGACAGAUCAUCCUGCAUCAACGUUCCCAAAAGUCAGAGAAACCGUCCAGAGGUGGACAUGGACGAAUUGAUGGCAGCCAUGGUGCUCAGCAGCCUGUCCUGCAGCCCACUGCCACCGCCACAGAGCUCCGCCCACCGAGAGGCUGCAGCUCCGUCCAUGGACUGUGGCGGGGCCUUUGAGUUCUCCGACAGCGGCAGCAGUGGCUACUGGAGUGUCGGCCACGCCCCUGAAAGCCCCGCCUCCUCUUCCCCGGUCGCAGAGCCUGACAGUGGUACAGCUACACCCCCUGAUGAGGGCUUGGACAUGGAGCUGGAUCAGGUUCUGUUUGAGGACCCAGCGCCGCGAAAACGCAGGAACUCCCUGAAGAUGGCAUACAGGUGUUUGUGGCCAAGCUGCGAGAAGGUGCUAACAUCCGUGGUGGGAAUCAAACGUCACAUCAAGACAACUCACCUGUGCCACGGCAGUGAACACGAGGAGGACUUUUACUACACCGAGAUAAACCAGCGCCAGUCUUCUCCCACCUCACCGCCCUCCUCCCCAUCUUUGCCUCCCUCACCCCCUCCACCUUCCCCUCCAUCUCCUCCCACCUUCACCUGCAGCGUUCUGAGUCGCUCCGCCCCCUCUCCCACUGGCAGCUUCUGGCAGGUCCAAUCAGAGCACUCCUACCAGGCUCUGCCCCCAACUCAUGUGGUGUCUCUGGCAGCCCCGCCCACCACCUGCAGCAGACAGGGCGUGGCGUUCAGAGUGCGUUCGGUCAGCGUGGGAGAGCAGUGGCUGCAGAAUCACAACACCCCCUGCAGGAGGAUUCGCAACGAGGCCAAGAAGUGCCGUAAAGUGUACGGCAUCGAGCACAGGGAGCUGUGGUGCACGGCGUGCCGCUGGAAGAAGGCCUGCCAGCGCUUUCUGGACUGACUGACCUGAGGAACAUCUGCUGAGAGAGAUGAGACCUGAACAGAGAAGAAAGAGUUUACCUGACUCAUGUUUUGUAUGUUCUUCUAGUGUAGUUUAUCUUUUGACUCGUUAAAGAUGUUCCGAGGCUUUGAAGAUGCCUUUAGCAAAGAAACUUGCCGUCACAGUAAGAUAGUGUCCAGUGUCCAUCAGGACAGUAACGGUCAAAGUCCAGGGUCCAUCAGGACAGUAACGGUCAAAGUCCAGCUUCUAUCAGGACAGUAACAGUCAAAGUCCAGGAUCCAUCAGGACAAUAACGUCAAAGUCCAGGGUCCAUCAGGACAAUAAUGGUCAAAGUCCAGGGUCUUUCAGGACAGUAACAGUCAAAGUCCAGGGUACAUCAGGACAGUAACGUCAUAGUCCAGGGUCUAUCAGGACAGUAAAAGUCAAAAGUCCAGGAUCCAUCAGGACAGUAACAUCAAAGUCCAGGGUCCAUCAGGACAGUAACGUCAAAGUCCAGGGUCCAUCAGGACAGUAACAGUCAAAGUCCAGGAUCCAUCAGGACAGUAACGUCAAACGUUGACCUGGUGUCAUAGUUAAUCAAAUGGCUCUCUGUCCAGGGUCCAUCAGGACAGAGUCAAAGUCCAGGGUCCAUCAGGACAGCUAACGGUCAAAGUCCAGGAUCCAUCAGGACAGCUAACGGUCAAAGUCCAGGAUCCAUCAGGACAGUGACAGUUAAAGUCCAGGGUCCAUCAGGACAGUGUCAAUUGACAGAGUCUAGAUUCUUUCUGGGUCACAACGAUUGAGUAGAGUUCAUCAUGUCUGGUCAUUCAGUCUGGUGUCUUCAAACAUUUUCACUUCAUACUUGGCGGAAACUGAAGUUUUUUGAUGGGAGUCCUGGGGGGAGUUUUGGUGGAGGACACUGAGGAAAGCUGAGAUCAAACCAACAACCGUCCAGUUGUCAUCUGUUCCUCUGAGCCACACCACACAGUUUAACUGUUCAGUCCUCAAUGGGCCAGAAUCUGAUGUAUUAUACUUUAAGCUUUCCCAUCAUUCCUUUCUUCGCAUGCUUGUCAGAUGAAUUUUCUUUCCUCACAUACAGUAUUGAUCUGGACAAUUGUUUACACUAAAUUAGUGAUCAAUAAGUAACCUGAAAAAUGUCUUGUUUGUUUCCCCUGCAGCACACCUAAACAAAAUUAGCUGAGAUUAAAAAAAAAAUUGUUGAUUGUUUUUUCUACAUGAUGUAAAUGUUGGAAUAAACGUGUUUCAAAAUGG